AUGGAGUCGAUGAGACUACACCCGCUCGCCACUUUACUCGCGCCACGUUACGCGCUUGAAGACUGCAAAGUCAAAGGCUACGACAUAUCAAGGGGAACAACUGUCCUAAUCAACAUGUGGAGCAUCGGGCGGGACCCACAGGCUUGGGCUGCGCCAGAGGAAUUCUCCCCCGAGAGGUUUUUAGGUAAAGAGGUAGACUUGUUGGGUGGCGAUUUUGCGCUUUUGCCGUUUGGGUCGGGAAGGAGGAGAUGUCCCGGGUAUAGACUCGGGCUUAAGAUGGUCCGAACGACAUUGGCUAAUUUGCUACACGGGUUCGAUUUGAGAUUGACCGAGGGCAUGAGCCGUGAGGAUAUAUGCAUGGAGGAGGAGUAUGGCCUCAGUACACAUCCUAAAGUCCCUAUUUCCAUUAUUAUGGAGCCUACUCUUCCAAGCCACCUUUACUGA